AUGAGCGCAGAGGAGAAUCCUCCGUCGCGCUUUGUUAGCCAGGUAGAGCUGAGUGAGGCGCAGGAGCGCCGCGAGCGCCAGAUUAAGGAAGCAUAUGAACGCAUGGGAGAAGCGCCGCCGGAGCCUGAUGCGAUCGAGGAGAAAUAUGACCCGCGGCCUUUGUACGAACAGGAUUUGAAACAAGAACAGAUGGAUGCCAUGUUCAAGAAUGCAAAUCGGUACAGAGGGCUCGACGAAUCGGAAUCGGACUUUUUGGCAAGUAUUGAGCUGGACAAGAAACGCCGCGAGCAGAAGAAAAAGGAGCAGGUCGAGUAUGAACUCGCAGCUUUUCGAAGGGCAGCCGAGGAAAAGGCUAACAUAAAACCGCCGACUGAAAAUCGUGCAUUGCUCUCGUCUAUUCCGAAAGCUAAGCCACGAGGCUCGGUAUCGAAGCGGAAACGCAAGACUGCUUCUGCGCUGGGAAUUGUGCGUAAACCUGCCGCAUCGUCAACGACGGAGCAAUCAGGCAGCGAAGGGCAGAACAAGGAUCUGGAUGCUGAGAAAAAACGCACAAGACGAUAA